CCUCUGACUGCCGACGAGUUUAGAUGGGUCUCUCUCCGAUUUAAGUGUUUAAAGCGGGCACGUCUGAGCGAUAAUACAUACCCAGGACAAGAUGGAGGAACUUUUGCUAUCAGCGGAGGAAAAAGAGAGAGAGGAGGAAGAGAUUGAGGAGGAAGGUGAAGAAGAGGAUGAUGACAAAAAAAAGGAACUGGAGAAAGAUGACAAAGAAAAGAUUGGUUCCGAUGAUAAAUUAAAGGAGGCUAAAAAAAAGGCACGAGCCAGAAAGAAUAGAAAGAAGGUUCCCAAACCCGCUCAGACUAAAGACCAAGAACAGGAUGAUGUCCUGAACCUCAACAACGAGGUGGUGAAGAUGAGGAAGGAGGUGAAGAGGGUGCGAGUGUUGAUCAUCAGGAAGCUGAUACGACAGAUCAGUGCCUCGAAGAAGAAGAAGGGGAAUGAGGCGCAAGUUGAGAAGAGUCAGAGGAAAGCUGCCCGAAUGCUAGAGGAGGUCCACGCCAUGAAGGUGCUCCGACCAGACUUGGUGACCAAGACAGCCUUGCAGAAGAAACUCAACUUUGAGCAGCUGUGUAGAGACCCCAAGUCAACCAUUGUUGACCGGGCUGUAGCACGCAUCGCCACCCACCCUCAGUUCAUCAAGAAGAUCGAAGACAUUAAAGCUGCUGUGGAAGCCUUCAAAGUGGAUAGGAUGAAGGAUCUAAAAAAGGGAGGAGGGGUGAAGGUGCAAAGUCAAGCCGAAAAAGUAAAACCGCCGUCACCAGACAAAAGUAAGGAAAAAAAGAAAGACAAAGAAGAGGGCAAGGUUAAAGUGCAGCUUAACGGAAUGUCAGAAAAGAAGGAAGGAGAUGGUAUCCCUAAAGAUUCCAGUGUUGCUAAACCUAAAACAGACACAGUGUUAGCAGCUCUUGCAUCCGCCACUGCUGAUGUUCAAAAGAAAGACAAACCAGAGUCUGAGAGAGUGUAUCCAGUAUCAACACAGAGUGGCAAAAGAAAGGACACUGUGAGAGAUGUUCCUCAAAGUAAAGGUGCAGGAAUGAAACCAAAAGCAGCAGUGCUUCGAAAACAGGAAGAGGAGGAAGAGAGUGACUUCGAGUCAUCAGAUGACAAAGAGAGUGAUUUCGAGUCAUUAGAUGAGAAAGAGAGUGAUUUCGAGUCAUUAGAUGAGAAAGAGGGUGAUCUCGAGUCAUCAGAUGAGAAAGAGAAAGAUUUAGAGUCAUCAGAUGAGAAAAAGAAAGAAUUAGUGUCAUUAGAUGAGAAAGAGAGUGAUUUAGAGUCAGCAGAUGAGAAAGAGAAAGAGUACUUUGACGACAGCACAGAGGAACGUUUCCUCAAGCAGUCCUCCCAGUCGGAGGAGAGCGAAGAUGACUUCUUCGUUGGAAAAGUCAGCAAAUACAAGAAGAAGAAGAAGCCGAAGGUCGUAGAAGAAAAGAAAAGGGUGGAGACAAGUGACCAGGCGACAACUUCAGACAGGGUCCAAAGUGAACUUGAUGAACUCGAGUCCAGGCUGAAGUCUAAAGCGAAGUUUCAGUCUGUCUUUUUCCCUUCCCUCUCUGGGUCUAAGAAGAGUGCUGGUGAAGCUGCAGGCAGGGGAAGAGAUGGUGAUAAAUUUAGGGGUUCAAACAGAGAUUUCACUAAACAAUCCAGGUUUCAAAAAGAGUUCGCAGGAGAAGAAGGAAACUCAGGGAACAAGUACAGCAGGCCAGAAGACAGACGGGGCGGGUCGGGGGAGAGGGGCUUUGCAUCUGGCGGCAGAGGGAGGGGACGAGGCAGAGGCGAUUUCACGAGGCAGAAGGCUCCCAUGGGUCGAGGUGCCUUUUCCCAGCCGGAACCAGAGCAGGCACUGCAUCCCUCCUGGGAGGCGAGUAAGAAAAGAAAGGAACAGCAAGGACAAAUCCUGCCCUUCCAAGGGAAGAAGAUCAGGUUUGAUGACUGAACAGAAUCGAGUGACUCACAGAUGUGGUUGAUUCUUGAUGUCGGCAGUGACCGACACAUUAUGUAAAUGUGAAGGUUGUCCCUGCUUAUGUUCUCUGACAGUGUUUUUAAAGUAUGUAAAAGAACAAUGGCCUGACAUUUCUUUAUAAAACAUCAUGAGAAUUAAGUUGUUCAAAUAUUGUGAUUUCCAAAUAUGAUUUAGAUUCAAGCUGAGAAAUUCCUAACAUAAGCAAAUAAUUUCUAUGUGUUAUAGGUUUACCAGCUAACAAAGGCUUGGGGAAAUAUUUGUAAUUGUGAAUUUUUUUUUUUAAACUUUUAAAUGGAUUUGUCAGUGUCUUUAUUCUAUGGAACUGAUGUAUUGAGAUACACUUGAGUGGCAGGAAGACAACAUUGCACCAAAUUACAGUUUUGUUUUUUCCUCAUUUGUGCUUGAACAAUAUAAAUGUUGUAUUUACAGAUA